UCAAGGCAUUAACAUUUCAUUGUAAAACUUCAGAAACACAGAAUUUAAAUGUCAUUAAUAAUGUCCAAAGAAAUGCCUAACAAAAACCUAAAUAAUUCAGGCUGGGCCGGGAAGUCGGAAUCUGGAUUGUUUGCCGUCGUUUCUAUGCACUCGCUGGUCCUGGCCCGGCCAGUGCCGCCGCCGCCGCCGCCGCCAUGGGGAAGCGACAGCAUCAGAAGGACAAGAUGUACAUUACCUGUGCUGAAUACACUCACUUCUAUGGUGGCAAGAAACCAGAUAUUCCACAAGCAAAUUUUCAUCGUUUGCCUUUUGAUCACUGCAGUCUCUCUCUGCAGCCCUUCGUCUACCCAGUCUGCACCCCUGAAGGCGUCGUCUUUGACUUGCUUAACAUUGUCCCUUGGCUUAAGAAGUAUGGGACCAACCCCAGCAACGGAGAGAAACUGGACGGGAGGUCCCUGAUCAAGCUGAACUUUGCAAAGAACAAGGAAGAAUCCAUCGUUCCUUUCUGAUCAAGCCGGACACUUAAUUUUUCAAAUAUGUAGGGGCGCCUUGGGCUGACUGAGUCAGUGGAACCCGCAACUCUUGAUCUUGG